AUGGAACUGUUCGGUAACCUAUCGAUCGCAGAUUCUGAUCCUAUAGAUGAAGAUGUUUUGCGUAUUUCAAAAUUAUCUUUAAAUGAACCUGUUCCAAAUGAUCUUGUAGAUGAUGAAAUCCUUAGCGAUUCAAUGGAUGUAGACCAAUUAUCAUUACAACAGAAUAAUAUCGAACAAUUAGGUAACGACGUAGAGUCGAUACAAGAGCCUGAUGAAGAAAUUGAAGAAACUGAUGAGAAAGAGAAUCAGAUAAUUUUGAAAAACUUACUUUCUCCUACAAGUUUGGGUGUAUCGAUAGCACAAAAUGAUUUGAAAUCACAACUGAAUUCACACGCUGGGAAACUACCCAUAAAUAUAUUGAUAAACAAUAAUCAUCAUCAUCAUUACCAUAAUAAUAACAGUAAUGAUAAUUUACUUGAUUUUAAUGAUCAGGUUUUGUCAAUUCACGAUCAACAUAUUGCCAAUACUCAGCCAAAUGAAGUACAAGAAUUACCAUUUCCAUGGUCUUCGUAUUCAAAACCUGCAUCAAGAACUGCCUACGCAUUAACGUCAUAUCUACAACUGUUUCUAAAUUUACUAACAGUAACCGUCAUUUUUUCAAUUACUACUGCAUUCAUGAAAACUUUAAAAAAAGAUAUAACGUCAAUCUGGAAUCAUACAAAGGAAGAAUUGAAUUACGAAUCAUUAAAUUGUCAAUUGAAUUAUUAUACAAAUAAAUGUGAUAACGAAAAAAAACUUCCUGCAUUAAUAGUAAAGUGUCAAAAUUGGGAAAAAUGCAUGAACAGAAAUAAUGAUCUUUUCUUCACAGCAAGAUCAACUUUAAGUGCAAAACUGUUAGGAGACAUCAUCAAUUCAUUUAUUGAACCAAUUGGCUGGAAAUCAUUAUGCUUUAUAUUAACUGGAAUGGCUAUUUGGUGCUUCAGUUCAAAUUUUUUACUAGGUUUCGCAAGAGCAAAAUCUUAUUAUGGUGGAAAUAGCAAUAAUGACGAUAAUAAAAAAUUGAAAAAUUCAACUGAUCACAACAAAUUGAUAAAAGAAUCAUAA